AUGGCACAUUGGCAUGGGCUCACCAAGCUCCAAAUGCAUUCUGAUUGGACACUUGAUAUCAUGGAUCAAGUCACUUCGGCAGUCGGCCAACAAUUCCGCAACUUCAAGGCAAUGGUUUGCUGGGCUUACAUAACUCGCGAACUUCAUCAGGAGGUCGAGGCUCAUGCCCGACGCAAUGCAAAGCAAGCAGCAAAAAAGCGGGAGGACAGAAAGGGAGGGAGCACAGUACAGGUCAUCCCCGCAGGCCUCACGGACAUCAAAGGAGAUGUCCAGGAAUAUGACAGUGAAUCUGAAGAGGGAGACGAUGGUACUUCAAGAGUGGGAGUCAUGGAAGACAUCGGGGAGUGGUUUGGUGCCAGCAAUGAAUCAUUGUUGGAACAAUUUGAUGAAAUGUACGAUAGCGAUGUAGAUUUAGAUUAUGAGAAUUAG